AUGGAUGCCAGGCUAGUCAGGAGACCAGUAAUUGACCUCUUAUCAGGCCGAGGUCAAUGCCUGAUCUCUUUGAAUGCCUCCUCCCAACGGCACCAGUCCUCCUUCCGCCGCACGAAGCAGCACCUGAACAUCAAACCGGACUCCUCUUUCCUCAUCUCGAAUGAUUCGCCCAAACAAGACCAUAUAAUCUUCAAUCCUCCCUCAGCAUCUCCUUCUGUUCUCCACACACCUCUCAAAUUCCUUCCAAAAGAAGACAAGCGACGGCAACUCCUCGCAGUCACUGCAGGAAAGCUCAAUCCCACGCCAUCACGACUACCACCUCCAGUAAGCCGCAAACCUAAGAUACCACAUCAUCAUUUGAGUGAUGCCGAUAUUGCCGAGAUUCAAAGACUGAAGAGGGACGAGCCGGAAAAGUGGAAUAAUCUGAGACUGUCGAGAAAGUUCAAUUGCUCGUCGAUGUUCAUUAGUAUUUGUCUCAGCCAAUGCGGGUAUGAUGACACAGUGACCAGGGAGGCGGAGAAGGCGAGGCUGGCUGGUAUGAUGGACAGCUGGGGGCCGAGACGGAGGAAGGCUCACGAGGACAAGUUGAGGAGGAUGGAGAUUGCCUUGAGGGAUGAGUAG